AUGGAUGGAAGGGUUGGAGAACUUCUCGAGAAAAGUAGACAUUUUGGAGAGCUCGUGUUUGAUGCGUAUGAAAGCGAGGAGUGUCCAAUGCAGGUGCAACCAGUUCAGGAGGAAACAUCAAAACAGAAUAUAGAAGUGAUUUGGACGUGGUUACAGGAUGAGAAUGCCUCAAGCAUCCGUAUAUAUGGUAUGGGAGGGGUGGGUAAAACCACUUUGGCAAAGUAUACAUAUAAUCUUCUUCUUGAAGAUAGUCGUUAUCAAGUCCAUUGGCUAACGGUCUCUCAAGGGUUUAGCAUCAAAGGACUACAAGACGACCUUGCCAAAAUUAUGAAGCUGGACCUAUCAGAUGAGGACGAUGAACACAGAAGGGCGGACCGAUUAAACCGGGCAUUCAGACAAAUGAAGAACAUUGUUAUCAUAUUGGAUGAUGUUUGGGAUCGGCUUAGCUCGGAGGAGUUGGGUUACCCUCUUUGUGAGGAGGGAUGCAGACUGAUUCUAACAAGCCGCUCUUCUGAAGUCUGA